GGUGCCGGCCGGCUCCCGGUGAAGGCGGGAUUUUGGUGAGGGCAGGAUUGUGGUGCCGGCCGAUCCCGGUGCCCGCGGCGGUCUCUGCCAUGCAGCCCACACGCGAGCUCCUGUUGCUGCUCUUGCCGUACCUACUGGCCGUGGCUCUGCCCGGUGCGGUCGGCGGCUCCGGGAGGUUCUGGCACCUCACGGACCUGCACUGGGACCCCGGGUACGAGGCGGCGGCGGCAGCGGGACGGCCGUGCCCCUCGGGCGGCGGUCGGGCCGGGCCCGCCGGGCCGUGGGGCAGCUACCUGUGCGAUGCGCCCUGGAGGCUGCUCCGCUCGGCCGCCCGCGCCAUGCGGCGCCGCCUGGCCGCGCCGGACUUCGUGCUCUGGACCGGAGAUGACACUCCCCAUGUCCCCAAUGAGGAGCUCGGAGAAGAAAAGGUUCUGCACAUAAUAGCAAAUCUGACUUCUCUGAUAAAAGAGACAUUUCCAGGUACCAAGGUCUACGCAGCGAUGGGCAAUCAUGACUUCCACCCCAAGAAUCAGUUUCCUGGGAAGGAGCACAGGAUCUACAAACAAACAGCAGAGCUGUGGCAGCCCUGGCUGAGUGAUGCCUCUCUUCCUCUCUUCAGAGCAGGAGCUUUCUACAGUGAGAAGCUGCCUGGCCCAGGGAUGAGGGGACGGAUGGUUGUCCUCAACACCAACCUGUACUAUGACCAGAAUGAUGAGACAGCUGGUGAGGAGGAUCCUGGGGGGCAGUUCCAGUGGCUGGAAGAAACACUGACCAACGCCUCUAGAGCAGAUGAAAUGGUCUACAUUGUGGGACAUGUCCCCCCUGGCUUCUUCGAGAAGAAACGGGGCAAGCCCUGGUUCCGGAGGGGCUUUAACGAGCGGUACCUGGGCAUUGUGCAGAAGCACCACAGUGUGAUUGCUGCCCAGUUCUUUGGGCACCAUCACACCGACAGCUUUCGCAUGUUCUACAGCCCCACAGGUACUCCAAUCAAUGUCAUGUUCCUGGCCCCUGGAGUGACUCCCUGGAAAACAACAUUACCUGGAGUGAGCAAUGGAGCCAACAACCCUGCGAUUCGGGUGGUCAGCUAUGAUCAGGACACCCUGCAGGUCUUGGAUAUGGUGACUUACUACUUGAACCUUACUCAUGCCAACAAGAUGGCCUCAGCAUGGCAGGAAGAGUUCCCAGAGUGGGAAGAAGAGUACAGGCUGACAGAAGCCUUCCAGGUCCCUGAUGGCUCUGCACACUCCAUGCAGACGGUGCUGCAGAGGCUCUCCAGGGACCCCCACUACUUGCAGCUGUACUAUGAGUUUAACUCUGCCAGGUAUGACCUGGAGCCCUGCCAGCAGGAAUGCCGUGUGGAUCACCUGUGUGCCAUCAGGGAAGUCGAUUUUAUGAAGUAUGAUGAGUGUGUGAAAACCAACAGCUCUGCCUCUGCUGCCAGCAGCGUUUGGCUUUUGGUUUUCUGCGUGUUCGUAGGAUUUCUCAGUCCUCAGCGAGUGCUGUGAUGGCCAACAGCAAGAGAAAAGGAGGGCAUGAGAUCACACUACACUACAUGUGAAUUGGUGAUUUUGGCAUUGAGAAUUUGCUUGGAAAACAGGACAAAAUUGGCAAUGUUUACUAAAAGCUGUGUGAUUUGAAAUUUUCUAGAGAAGCUUGAUGUGUGAAGAGUAAUGCUUUUGAAAGCCUUAUUGACUGCAACAAGGAGGGUCUCCCCUCUGCCAGGACUGCUGGGGCAGCCUCACAAGUCAGAUGAAGACCAAGUCUCCCUAUGGACAUGAACUGGCAAGGGGUGAGGGCAGGGAGCUGCCACAUGUUCCAGAGGCUGCUGCCAGCAUUUCUUAUUUUGGCACACACUUUGGCAAGUCUGCACAGCUGGUGACUCUGGAAGUCUUGUUGUGGUGGCUUUGUUCCACAGCAAAGCGAGGUGGGGCAGGGUGACAGCCCAGAGAGGCCAGGGCAGGCUGCAGAGCCUGUGGCAGGGGACGGUGCCUCAGCCUGCCCAAGGCCUCGCUCUGUUGAAGGAGCAGGCGGAGCAAUGGGAGCAGCAGAGCUGGGCUCUGGAGUAAACUUACAAAGAGAAUUGUGCCAGAACCAGAUAAAACUCGACUCAAAACAAAAGCAACCACUGUUCAAAAUCCACUGUUAGGUGUCACUUGUGUACCGAAGUGCAGCAUGAGGCAGCAGAGCAGGUCACAGCUGGGGCAGCUUUAGGAGCUGCAGCCUGAGGCAGCCCAAGGACAAGACCUGCAGGGAGAAGGGAACUUUGCCAUGGCAGGAUCCUCCCAUGAGCCACAGCACGACAGGCAGGCUCAGCUGUACCAGUGCACACUGGAAUGAACACACUACAUUCUCCAACCUGGCAAAAUCUGCAUUUAAUUUACAACAUAGUAAAGGUUACAGGUAAAAAGCUCAACAGAAGUGUGAAAAGGCCUAUUACAUAUUACACAAGUGUACAAAUGUCUGUACAAAGCUCCUUGAUGUUCCUGUCCCCUCAUGGCCAGCUGUGGCUUCUAAGCUCUGAAAUAAUAAGAGCUGGUUCAGAGUCUGAGAGGAGAAGAGCUUUAAAAAAAUGAGCAGUGAAGUUUCCCUUGUCAAGAAAAAUCUUGCAAAGAGCCACUUGCAAAAGAAAAAAAAUCCCAAAAAAACCCCAACCCUCUUCCCCACAAAAUAAAACAAAAAAACCCAAAAUAAAAAGAAGGAAACCUGCUCAA